AUAUUUCUGCAGCAAUGCUUUUAUGUAUUUUACAAAUAAGACGAUUAAAGGAAUCAGCUAGAAUGUAUGUUUUACCCAGGAAAUGGUUUUCCAUUCUGAAUUUAAUUGGGUUCAUCUUGUCUUUUAUUCUGUGUAAAUAAAUGUUUAAAUUUUGUCAUAGUAUUUCUAUACUUUCGAUAAGACUGAAUUUAGGUGUGCUGAGCAUGUUAUCCUUAGCGGCAUGGCUGCCACCUUCUUUCUGGUUACUGUCUCAGUACUUUAAAAUGUGGAUGUUUUCUGCUGGAGUGGAUUCUGUAAUUAUAGAUCAGGUUGACAGUCCAGUUACAGUGUUUCUUAGCAUUAGACAUGUCCUGGAAUGAAGUGCUCACCAAAUGGGACAGAGAUUUAUGUUAUCCAGAUUUGGUUUGGGAACAACCAUUGUUGGAGGCAGCAACUGGGAAACUAUGUAUACGCUCUUCACAAAUGAUGUGGCGUUAUUUCUGAUACAAGGCUAGAUGGGAAGAAAAGCCAGUAUUUUUACAUUAACAAUUACUAUUACUGUAAGGUAGUUUGUAAUACUAGCUUUAACAAAAUUAUCCUUCUAUAGAGGAUACUGUAUUUUUAAUUAGUUAUAAAUGAUUUUAGUUAAUAAUGAAAAUCUUCAGCUUCAGUUGUUAUUUUCUUCUGCAAUAGAGAAUGAAAGAAUUGUCACUGGUUGGCUUAAUGAACAUAAUGGUUAGGUUUGCAGAAUACCCUGGAAUGCAGAAUAGCUAACCAGAUGUUAAUCUUAAGAGUGCUGUGUGAACUCAUUCCAUAUGGUUAGUUGGUGAUGCAAUAUGUUAACCAUAUGUAAACGUACAAAUGAAUAGAAGAAAUGUAGUUUGAAUGGUUUUCUAGCUAAAAUCUUUGGUCUUAAACUGGCGGAGGCUGCUAGCAUGUAACUUGCCAUUCUUUUGAAGAGAAAGGAACAGGUCUGCUAGGCAAUCUAAUUUGUUGAGUGUGUCAGUAAUCCAAGCUGUAUUUACAGUGUACAAAAUUCACUUCUGACAAAUUAUAUCACUGGAAACUUACCUGUGUAUUUAAAACGUAUUUGAAGUGUUUGCUGUGUUAGCCAAGAAUGCUAAUUUUCUGGCAUAGUAAAAACUAAUCUUACAAUUGGAUGGCACAUAAAUGCUGUAAAAAUACAUGAAUAAAUAUUAAUAAUGAAGAAUAAAUGCACUGUCGGUACCAAAGCCAGCUUUAGGUAGUGCCUGUUGCUAAAAAUCAGUGUUCUGUGAUGAUAGAGAUCUCAAGCGUAUUCUGUUGAUAAUGAUUCAUAUCGCUUAAAUAAUUUGCUUACCUUUAACAUACAACAGAUUUAAAGAAAAACUUCAGAUACAGUUGAACCAUUAAGACACAUUUAAGUAUGAAGAAUCCUUUCCAUGUUGUUUUUCCCUUUAAGAAUGUGAAAUUGUCUGCUGAAGUAGAACCGUUCAUUCCUCAGAAGAAGGGCCCCGAUUCACUGGUGAUGCCUAUGGCGCUGCCUAAUGAUAAUGGAAAUAUCAGUGGUGUGGAGGCAACUCCUAUUCCCAGCUACCUGAUUACAUGCUACCCAUUUGUUCAAGAAAACCAAUCCAACAGACAACUUCCACUGUAUAAUAAUGACAUCAGGUGGCAACAGCCCAACCCAAAUCCUGCUGGGCCAUAUCUUGCUUAUCCCAUUAUAUCUACUCAGCCACCAGUUUCCACUGAGUAUACCUAUUACCAACUGAUGCCAGCACCAUGUACUCAAGUCAUGGGAUUCUAUCAUCCAUUCCCAGCACCUUACUCUGCACCCUUUCAGUCUGCAAGUGCCAUCAAUACAGUUACAGCACAAUGCACAGAUCGUCCAGCCCAGCCAAGCCAGGCCUUUCCAUUAUGUAGCCCAAGGAGCAGAAGUGCCAGCAGAGGGUCAGUGGUGCAAAAACUGCAGCCUUCUCAGCCUCACAUAAAGAGCAAAAGGCCUCCAGUGAAAAACGUUGCUAUCCAGAAGGAGACAAGCGCUUCAGGCCCUGAGAACAGACCCAAAAUUGUCCUGUUGGUGGAUGCUUGUCAGCAAACAGACUUCCCUUCAGAGAUUGCCAGCAGAUCCCUGUCAGAGAGCGUGAGCGCCCCGCACUGGAAGCCGAGGGGCAGGCGGCGGCGAGCCUCACACCCUGCCGAGUCCUCGAGCGAGCAGGGGGCCAGCGAAGCCGAUAUCGACAGCGACAGCGGCUAUUGCAGCCCUAAACACAGCAACCAGGCUGCGGCGGCCAUAUCCAGGAGUGUUGAAUCUGCCGGAACAAACAUCAAAGAAUCGUCCAUACAUCCAGUGGGCGCCAGUUGGGCAAGCGUCAGUUCCCAAGCAACUCAGAAGAAGCCUUGGGUAGAGAGAACCUCUUUCUCAAGAGGUGGAAGGCAACCUGAACAUCAGCAUGAUUCACAGCCUGGUUUUAGAUGUAGAGGUCACAGCACAUCUUCAGAAAGGAAACAGAGUUUGCAGAAGAAAAUUGAGAAACCAGUAAUCACAAGCCAGUCAAACAGAGUAGAGCAGAGCCCUGAACUGCUAUAUUUUGGGGAUGAAGAAGAAUUCCCCGAACUAAAUUGUGAUAGCGGACAUUCUAAAGCUGGUAACAUGCAGCUGAAGCACGCACCCAAAAUGUUGGAUGAUUUACCUGAAAAUUCUCCAAUCAAUAUAGUACAGACUCCGAUUCCAAUCACUACCUCUGUUCCCAAACGAGCAAAAAGUCAGAAGAAAAAAGCUCUUGCAGCAGCACUGGCUACAGCUCAAGAGUACUCAGAAAUUAGUAUGGAGCAGAGGAAACUUCAGGAAGCUGUUUCAAAAGCAGCUGGAAAGAAGAGUAAAACUCCUGUGCAGUUAGACUUGGGGGACAUGCUGGCAGCUCUUGAAAAACAGCAGCAGGCAAUGAAAGCUCGUCAGAUCACAAACACCAGACCCCUCUCCUACACAGUUGGCAGCGCAGUUCCUUUUCACACCAAAGAAUCCACCAGCCGGAAAUCCUUCUCCAAAGGACAACCAUCGGUGGGUUGCCUUAAUCCUUUGGAUUCCACUGCCCCAAAAGUCAAACGAGGAAAAGAGAGAGAACUGUCAAAGCUGAAGCGCCCUACAGCCCUGAAAAAGAUUAUUUUGAAAGAGAGAGAAGAAAAGAAAGGACGUUUAUCAGUAGAUCACAGCCUUUUGGGUGGUGAUGAGGAACAAGAGGUGACUCUGACUUCUAACCAGGCAGAAGAACUAACAUCUCAAGAAGAAACUGGCCUGAGUGUGCCGAGUGACACCUCCCUCUCUCCAGCAAGCCAGAAUUCUCCCUACUGCAUGACUCCGGUAUCCCAAGGUUCUCCUGCAAGUUCAGGGAUAGGAAGCCCAAUGGCAUCUUCAACUAUAACAAAAAUUCACAGCAAACGAUUCAGAGAGUACUGUAAUCAAGUUCUCAGUAAAGAAAUAGAUGAAUGCGUGACUCUCCUGCUGCAAGAGCUUGUCAGCUUCCAAGAACGAAUUUAUCUGAAGGAUCCUAUAAAAGCUAAAGCAAAGAGGAGACUUGUGAUGGGGCUGCGAGAGGUUACAAAGCAUAUGAAGUUAAGCAAGAUCAAAUGUGUUAUUAUUUCUCCCAACUGUGAGAAGAUCCAGUCAAAAGGUGGACUAGAUGAAGCUCUGUAUAACGUGAUUGCCAUGGCUCGAGAACAAGAAAUCCCUUUUGUCUUUGCCCUUGGACGCAAAGCUCUUGGUCGCUGUGUCAACAAGUUAGUCCCUGUCAGUGUGGUGGGGAUCUUCAAUUACUCAGGUGCUGAGAACCUCUUCAAUAAACUGGUUUCGCUGACUGAAGAGGCCAGGAAAGCCUACCGAGAUAUGGUUGCAGCCAUGGAGCAAGAACAGGAGGAGGCCCUAAAGAACAUUAAGAAGGUGCCCCACCACAUGGGACAUUCCCGGAACCCUUCAGCAGCAAGCGCCAUUUCAUUCUGCAGUGUUAUUUCCGAGCCAAUUUCAGAGGUGAAUGAGAAGGAGUACGAAACAAAUUGGAGGAAUAUGGUGGAAACCUCAGAUGGCUUGGAAGCAUCUGAAAAUGAAAGAGAAGUGGUGUGCAAGGUUGCUGCUUCAGAAAAACCUGGCAGCCAUAAUGCUACUGCUGGUAAGCAGUUAUCUCUAGCUGCCGUUGGCCUCAUGACAGUUGCAUCUCAUGGGAAACCACUAAGUGGGAAAGAGGAAGUGAAGCCAGAUGACAAUCUGGAAUGGGCCUCUCAGCAAAGUACAGACACAGGAUCUUUAGAUGGCAGUUGCCGGGAUAUUUUGAACUCCUCCAUGACCAGUACAACGAGUACUCUUGUGCCAGGAAUGCUUGAAGAAGAUGAGGAAGAGGAGGAGGAGGAGGAGGAGGAGGACUACGCCCAUGAACCCAUAUCAGAAGAAGUUCAGCUCAACAGCAGAAUUGAAUCAUGGGUCUCAGAGACUCAGCGGACUAUGGAAACACUUCAACUUGGAAAGAGCCUCAGUGGUGCGGAAGAUGAGAACGUUGAACAAAGCGAGGAGGAAGAACUGGAAACUCCUGAGCCAGCCGAAUUGGUUCUUGACAGUGAAGAAUGGACAAUGGACAAGGCUACAAAUAAAGCUCAGCAGAAGUCUAAUACCUGCACUUCCCUUGAUACAAAACAUACAGACUCAAAUUAUAUACCAUAAACUUUAAGCCCAAACUCAGGAAACUUUACUAUUUUAAAAAAACUAAUUGUUGUAAGGAUUGCAGCCAUUGCUUUGUGUGCUUCAUCUCAGCAUUUUGCACUGUGUAACAUUUAAUAUGCAUAUUUAAUUCACAACAUAUUUUUUGUAGCGGUCUUUAUUACUUCUUCAUUGAGACCUAGAGUGUGCAUGUAUGAUUAAUAUUUAUAUCUUUCUUAGAACAGGCUAUGUGUGUUAAACUGUCAUUGGGCAUCUUUUUCGUAUGAGAAAACUAUUUGCACCUGACCAUUUUUAAUGCAAAACUCUUCUCAAACUGAAAAAUUCUUACAUAUUUUUAAAGCAUUGACAGUAUUGACCAAUAUUUGCUUCGUCCUGAUCUUUUUUGGGAGGUAUUUGGCCACUGAGUCCCUAAAAUUAGGCCAGAGUGAUUUUUUUUUCAGGCUAUUACAGGUGACUAUAAUCAGAAUGAAAAUGUGUUCUGAAAAAAGGGCUAGAAAGAUGUAUAUUAGCUAGUCACUGAAUCAGUGCAUCUUCUUAGUAGUAUCUUAGAAUAUUUGUUUAAGAAAUAACACUCCUGAAGGACUGGUUGCAGUUGGCUAAAAGCAUUUGGCUAGGUACUUUGGAGAAACAUCUCUUAGCGGGUACUUUGAUGAGGAUGUAUCUGUUUACUUUCCAACUGACUACUUUAACAUUGUCACUGUGCCUGCAGGACUGCCAAAAAGGGCCCAUUAACCACCACAAACUUUCAUUGUUUGGCUUUCUUAAUUUCUGCUACAUUGCAGCGCGCCAUUUUCUGACUGCUUCUUAAUGCUUUCACUGAUCUCAGGAAUGUUACUAUGAGUUUAUACAUGCUAUGUAAAUAGAAAGUUAGAAUCAGAUAUCGACCAUUUAGCAAAAAAUGAAAUAUGAAGCUUGGGGGAAUUUACUGGGGAAAGGGAAAGAAAGUUGGUGUUCAGAUCACCUCACUGUUUGCUUGAGAUUGGUCUUGCUGAGAAUGUGAACUCUGUGGUCUUCUAGCAGUUUGCCCCAUUGAAAGUAGACUUUCAUAAAUGUGAGAGGUAGAAGUGGCUAAGCAGUAGGGAAAUAUCCUUCGGCUUGUGGAGUUUCAGAAUGGGGGAGAGAAGAACUGUUAUUUUUAAUGAUUUGCUUAAAUUUUGCAUGCCUAUUCUGAGUUUUCUAGCACUCAUUUCACCAAACCAAGUCGCAUAAAGGCGGGGGGGGGGGAACGGUGAUGGUAGAAGUAGUGCAAGAAGACAAACUUUAUGAAAAUAUGGCUGUCCCCAGCAGCGUAAAAUAUUUCAUAGGUCGGUUGCUCUCUUAAUAGUUUGGGACCAAUAACUAUCAUAUCUGAAGCUAGGUUUUUUUAUUUCUAAUAAGAAAAAUCUGAUGAAAUGUUUCACAAUUGUCUGUUGUCACCUAGUGUUAAGGAAUGUAGCGGAAAAAAAAGUUUGUAUAAUUAGCUGUUGUACAUGGAACCAGUAUGUGAUGAGUAGGAAAAGGAUUGGAGGCUACCUGCAUCCUUGCAGACUGUCCACAAAUUGAUAUUUCUUCCCUCUCUCCUCUUGAAGUGCUAAUCAAUCAAAAUGACUUCGUUCUUCAGUAGAUGUUGUCUUAAAUGUGUGUCUCUUUUUUUAAAACCUGGUUUGUCCCUUGCCAGUUUGCAUAAAACCAGUAGAUAAGUAUACACCCCACCCCCCUUUUCCCAUUAUAUGUUUCAAAUUUAGUCAAAACAUUCUGGUGUAUCUCAGUUUGACCUCCCACGUGAAUGUGCUGAUCUCCAAACUGCAGCAGGUCUCCUUAGGACAAACAGCAUAUCAUGGGCUGAAGCCAUUCUUCAUAAAAUGCUCAUUUUGGGGAGGGGGCCCCUAAGAACUGGUUGAGAAUAGAAUAUGUCUAUGAAGUAUGUUAGAUUGUAUUCCAUUUUCAAAGUGUUUCCUUUUGUCUUUUGUCUUUUUGCAAUGCAGUGAGGUAUUACGUUUAUGUUCAUUCUUUUGAUGGGUUCUCUUCCAAUGCUGUAAUAGUCCUUGAUGUUUCUUCUGAACAGCUUAAUUUUCAUUUCUUUUCAAAUAGGCCUGUUUCUGCUGUCUUAUUGGUAUAAAUUUGGAACAAGCUCAACAAUGUUUCCUCUUCCUUAAAGUCAAUUUAAUUAAUUUCACUAGAGUUAAUGGCAAAAGAUGGGAAUUUCAGGGAUGGGUGGGGGUAUAUGUCUGAUGGGUUAGAGGUGACCAUAUAGGGAAUAGUCAUAAGCACUUCCAGUAUUUGUAUAAAAAGAGCUUGCCACUGGGUAAUAAGAGAACACCAAGGUGGGCUGAUGCACUGAAAUCUGUGGUGGGCCAAAUAAGAAUAUGGGGUUUGUAGGUUACUAAUACAAUGCUUUGUUCUAGUACAUAUGUGUUUAUACUAUUAAAGUCCAUUACCUGUAUUCCUCCCUUGUUAUGCCCUAUUCCCCAGCUUACAUUUUAAAUGGCAUGUUUUUACAAACUUGAAAUUUGAUCAGUGAUUGGUGUUGUGUUUGACCUGCUGUUUGGGUUUUUAAAAAAAUGGAAAAGAUCCUUUUGAAUGAUGCACUUGUAUGUACUCUGAACACAUCACUAGGAGAUACCUUGGAAUCUUCUUUAGGUGGAUCUAUGCAGUGUAGCUAAAUCCAGUUGUCAGCUGGAAGCUCUUAAAUUUUAAUGGCAUGGGAGCAAAAACGUCUUGUUUGAAAAGCUGCUGUCUACUGAAAUUGUCGUAAUCUGUGUGCGUGUGUGAAGUUGUGCCAAUUAAUCAAGAUGCUCUGUCAAUUUACCAGAUUUUAAUCACUAACUCAGAACACUUUAAAAAAGCCAUAAAUGGAAACUGUACAGCUUCAUGCCCAGUUCAGUCCUACACAAACAAUCUUAAACAAUUAACAAUUUGAAAAAUCAACAGAAGGGCACAGUCUAAUUAAUGUUUAUAUGUGGUUAAUGUACUUUUAAAGACUAUACUUAGGUAAUGUCUGUUAAUCUUUGAUACCUGUACACUAAAUAUCAGUAACAGAUCUAAAGUUUAAAUUAGAAAAAAUAAUGAAAUGACUUCAUGAACAAGUUCUGUCUAUGUUCUCCUUUUUAUGAAGGAUAAUUCUGUCUACCAUACCUUUUUGGAGUAAUAACAGCUUUUGCACUAUGUAAAUACUAGUGGGGGUUCUUCCACAAUGAAUAAAAAUGAU